AUGCUCUGCGCCCUAUGCUCUGCGCCCUAUGCUCUGCGCCCUAUGCUCUGCGCCCUAUGCUCUGCGCCCUAUGCUCUGCGCCCUAUGCUCUGCGCCCUAUGCUCUGCGCCCUAUGCUCUGCGCCCUAUGCUCUGCGCCCUAUGCUCUGCGCCCUAUGCUCUGCGCCCUAUGCUCUGCGCCCUAUGCUCUGCGCCCUAUGCUCUGCGCCCUAUGCUCUGCGCCCUAUGCUCUGCGCCCUAUGCUCUGCGCCCUAUGCUCUGCGCCCUAUGCUCUGCGCCCUAUGCUCUGCGCCCUAUGCUCUGCGCCCUAUGCUCUGCGCCCUAUGCUCUGCGCCCUAUGCUCUGCGCCCUAUGCUCUGCGCCCUAUGCUCUGCGCCCUAUGCUCUGCGCCCUAUGCUCUGCGCCCUAUGCUCUGCGCCCUAUGCUCUGCGCCCUAUGCUCUGCGCCCUAUGCUCUGCGCCCUAUGCUCUGCGCCCUAUGCUCUGCGCCCUAUGCUCUGCGCCCUAUGCUCUGCGCCCUAUGCUCUGCGCCCUAUGCUCUGCGCCCUAUGCUCUGCGCCCUAUGCUCUGCGCCCUAUGCUCUGCGCCCUAUGCUCUGCGCCCUAUGCUCUGCGCCCUAUGCUCUGCGCCCUAUGCUCUGCGCCCUAUGCUCUGCGCCCUAUGCUCUGCGCCCUAUGCUCUGCGCCCUAUGCUCUGCGCCCUAUGCUCUGCGCCCUAUGCUCUGCGCCCUAUGCUCUGCGCCCUAUGCUCUGCGCCCUAUGCUCUGCGCCCUAUGCUCUGCGCCCUAUGCUCUGCGCCCUAUGCUCUGCGCCCUAUGCUCUGCGCCCUAUGCUCUGCGCCCUAUGCUCUGCGCCCUAUGCUCUGCGCCCUAUGCUCUGCGCCCUAUGCUCUGCGCCCUAUGCUCUGCGCCCUAUGCUCUGCGCCCUAUGCUCUGCGCCCUAUGCUCUGCGCCCUAUGCUCUGCGCCCUAUGCUCUGCGCCCUAUGCUCUGCGCCCUAUGCUCUGCGCCCUAUGCUCUGCGCCCUAUGCUCUGCGCCCUAUGCUCUGCGCCCUAUGCUCUGCGCCCUAUGCUCUGCGCCCUAUGCUCUGCGCCCUAUGCUCUGCGCCCUAUGCUCUGCGCCCUAUGCUCUGCGCCCUAUGCUCUGCGCCCUAUGCUCUGCGCCCUAUGCUCUGCGCCCUAUGCUCUGCGCCCUAUGCUCUGCGCCCUAUGCUCUGCGCCCUAUGCUCUGCGCCCUAUGCUCUGCGCCCUAUGCUCUGCGCCCUAUGCUCUGCGCCCUAUGCUCUGCGCCCUAUGCUCUGCGCCCUAUGCUCUGCGCCCUAUGCUCUGCGCCCUAUGCUCUGCGCCCUAUGCUCUGCGCCCUAUGCUCUGCGCCCUAUGCUCUGCGCCCUAUGCUCUGCGCCCUAUGCUCUGCGCCCUAUGCUCUGCGCCCUAUGCUCUGCGCCCUAUGCUCUGCGCCCUAUGCUCUGCGCCCUAUGCUCUGCGCCCUAUGCUCUGCGCCCUAUGCUCUGCGCCCUAUGCUCUGCGCCCUAUGCUCUGCGCCCUAUGCUCUGCGCCCUAUGCUCUGCGCCCUAUGCUCUGCGCCCUAUGCUCUGCGCCCUAUGCUCUGCGCCCUAUGCUCUGCGCCCUAUGCUCUGCGCCCUAUGCUCUGCGCCCUAUGCUCUGCGCCCUAUGCUCUGCGCCCUAUGCUCUGCGCCCUAUGCUCUGCGCCCUAUGCUCUGCGCCCUAUGCUCUGCGCCCUAUGCUCUGCGCCCUAUGCUCUGCGCCCUAUGCUCUGCGCCCUAUGCUUCUGCGCCCUAUGCUCUGCGCCCUAUGCUCUGCGCCCUAUGCUCUGCGCCCUAUGCUCUGCGCCCUAUGCUCUGCGCCCUAUGCUCUGCGCCCUAUGCUCUGCGCCCUAUGCUCUGCGCCCUAUGCUCUGCGCCCUAUGCUCUGCGCCCUAUGCUCUGCGCCCUAUGCUCUGCGCCCUAUGCUCUGCGCCCUAUGCUCUGCGCCCUAUGCUCUGCGCCCUAUGCUCUGCGCCCUAUGCUCUGCGCCCUAUGCUCUGCGCCCUAUGCUCUGCGCCCUAUGCUCUGCGCCCUAUGCUCUUGCGCCCUAUGCUCUGCGCCCUAUGCUCUGCGCCUAUGCUCUGCGCCCUAUGCCUCUGCCCGCCCUAUGCUCUGCGCCCUAUGCUCUGCGCCCCCUAUGCUCUGCGCCCCUAUGCUCUGCGCCCUAUGCUCUGCGCCCUAUGCUCUGCGCCCUAUGCUCUGCGCCCUAUGCUCUGCGCCCUAUGCUCUGCGCCCUAUGCUCUGCGCCCUAUGCUCUGCGCCCUAUUGCUCUGCGCCCCUAUGCUCUGCGCCCUAUGCUCUGCGCCCUAUGGCUCCCCUGCGCCCUAUGCUCUGCGCCCUAUGCUCGCGCCUAUGCUCUGCGCCCUAUGCUCUGCGCCCUAUGCUCUGCGCCCUAUGCUCUGCGCCCUAUGCUCUGCGCCCUAUGCUCUGCGCCCUAUGCUCUGCGCCCUAUGCUCUGCGCCCUAUGCUCUGCGCCCUAUGCUCUGCGCCCUAUGCUCUGCGCCCUAUGCUCUGCGCCCUAUGCUCUGCGCCCUAUGCUCUGCGCCCUAUGCUCUGCGCCCUAUGCUCUGCGCCCUAUGCUCUGCGCCCUAUGCUCUGCGCCCUAUGCUCUGCGCCCUAUGCUCUGCGCCCUAUGCUCUGCGCCCUAUGCUCUGCGCCCUAUGCUCUGCGCCCUAUGCUCUGCGCCCUAUGCUCUGCGCCCUAUGCUCUGCGCCCUAUGCUCUGCGCCCUAUGCUCUGCGCCCUAUGCUCUGCGCCCUAUGCUCUGCGCCCUAUGCUCUGCGCCCUAUGCUCUGCGCCCUAUGCUCUGCGCCCUAUGCUCUGCGCCCUAUGCUCUGCGCCCUAUGCUCUGCGCCCUAUGCUCUGCGCCCUAUGCUCUGCGCCCUAUGCUCUGCGCCCUAUGCUCUGCGCCCUAUGCUCUAGCGCCCUAUGCUCUGCGCCCUAUGCUCUGCGCCUAUGCUCUGCGCCCUAUGCUCUGCGCCCUAUGCUCUGCGCCCUAUGCUCUGCGCCCUAUGCUCUGCGCCCUAUGCUCUGCGCCCUAUGCUCUGCGCCCUAUGCUCUGCGCCCUAUGCUCUGCGCCCUAUGCUCUGCGCCCUAUGCUCUGCGCCCUAUUCCCCUUCUCGCCAAACCUCCACCCGCCCCCGCCCCUUUCCAACCCCUACCCCUCAUGGUCGCACUGCUGCAGGCAGGUCGCAAUGCUGCUCUGCUCUGCUCCCCAUCUGUUCCUCCCCAUCUGUUCCUCCCCAUCUGUUCCUCCCCAUCUGUUCCUCCCCAUCUGUUCCUCCCCAUCUGUUCCUCCCCAUCUGUUCCUCCGCAUCUCUGUUCCUCCCCAUCUGUUCCUCCCCAUCUUUUCCUCCCCAUCUGUUCCUCCCCAUCUGUUCCUCCCUAUCUGUUCCUCUCCAUCUGUUCCUCCCCAUCUGUUCCUCCCCAUCUGUUCCUCCCCAUCUGUUCCUCCCCAUCUGUUCCCCCCCAUCUGUUCCUCCCCACCUGUUCCUCCACAUCUGUUCCUCCCCAUCUGUUCCUCCCCAUCUGUUCCUCCGCAUCUCUGUUCCUCCCCAUCUGUUCCUCCCCAUCUUUUCCUCCCCAUCUGUUCCUCCCCAUCUGUUCCUCCCUAUCUGUUCCUCUCCAUCUGUUCCUCCCCAUCUGUUCCUCCCCAUCUGUUCCUCCCCAUCUGUUCCUCCCCAUCUGUUCCUCCCCACCUGUUCCUCCACAUCUGUUCCUCCCCAUCUGUUCCUCCCCAUCUCUGUUCCUCCCCGUCUGUUCCUCCCCGUCUGUUCCUCCCCGUCUAUUCCUCCCCGUCUGUUCCUCCCCAUCUGUUCCUCCCCAUCUGUUCCUCCCCAUCUGUUCCUCCCCAUCUGUUCCUCCCCAUCUCUGUUCCUCCCCAUCUGUUCCUCCCCAUCUGUUCCUCCCCAUCUGUUCCUCCCCAUCUCUUCCUCCCCAUCUGUUCCUCCCCAUCUAUUCCUCCCCAUCUCUGUUCCUCCCCAUCUAUUCCUCCCCAUCUGUUCCUCCCCAUCUGUUCCUCCCCAUCUGUCCCACCCCUUUCGGAAGGAAUGAGGGACGAAGGACGGGUGGAGAUGGUGAGAUGGGGAGAGGGGAAGAGCGGAAGACGAGGGGAAGCGCGAGUGACUGGGAGGCAAGCCCGACGACGGGACGCGCGGGCAACGAGGGGAGGCGAGGGCGGCGAGGGUCGGCACGGGUGAUGAGGGGAAGCGCGAGCGACGAGAGGGAAUGUGGGUGA